CGUAAAAUCAUUGCUUCAGAUGAUGACCGCUAUGAAUUAAAAAGUCGUUAUAAUGGGUCUAUGCGAAUCAGGACUCUUAAGGUUUCAUACAGCCCAGGUGAUCACAAUAUCCCAGCUAGGAAAAAAAAUAAAAAAAAGGAUGACAUUACUCAGAUGUCCAAUACGAAGAAGACAGCAGAUUUUUAUCUUAACAUGUCAUCACCAAGAAAUCCCCUCAGGUCCUCCGAUGAUGAUGAGUUGAACGAGAGUGGCAGCCAAACUUACGAUAAUAAUUUUCAAUCGAAAUCAAGCAAGCAUGUUCGACCUGCGAAUCUAAUACGUGAACAGACCAGUAUGCAGAAUUUAUCAACGCCACCGCUGAAUAGUUAUGAAACGCCAGAGGAAGAAUCGAUAGAAUCUCUUCGAUCCGGAAGUACGCCCCGACCACAGUCUCUACAAAGGCGAAACCCGAGAAAGCGUACAGCACUUGGACCAAUGGCGAGGCUAACAGCACUAGAAGCAUCUGUUGCAGCAGCUAAUUCAAAAUUGUUAAGAUUAUUAAAAAAAAAUAAAGUACGACAACAACAGCAACAACAACAACAACAACAACAGCAGCAACGACAACAGAAUAUAGUGUAUCCAAAACUAACAGAAUCGGUAGUUGUAGAAGAUAACCAGGAGUUCAUAAUCAUCGAUGAGGUGAAAAUGCCAAGUGACAAAGUAGCCAUGAUGUUAUUAGCAGGAACUAUGAGAAAACGUGCCGAUACGGUCAUGCACGCUAUUUGGCCAGAUAACGUGAUGCAGAAUAUGUAUAUACAAUUGCCAAAAAACAGAAAUGAAAACCAUGUGGCAACCGGUAGCGCAGACACCCUUAAAGUUAAAAAAUGUCGCUUUAAUAAAAUAGCGAUAAAAUUCUGUAUAUAACUGAAGUACAGAAAGGCCGUCGCCAGAUAAGCCGGGGUAAAAUGCCCCCAAAGCAAUCGGGCUAAUUUUUUUUUCUAAAAUACCUUAUACUGUGGACAACAUCUCAGCCCAGUUUUACUUACCCAUUUGUGUAAGCCGUUCACUAUUUGUACGACUGAUGGAUUUGUAGUUGACAUGUUAGGUCCUUUUCCUGCAAAUGAAAAUGAUGCUCAGAUACUGAGACAUGUUAUUGAUGAUCCGAAUGGUUUACUGUCUCAGUUGAUGAAGCCCGGGGACAUUUUUAUUUUGGAUCGCGGAUUUCGAGACGUCAAGGAAUACUUAGAAUCCAAACAGUUCACAGUAUUAAUGCCUGCUCUUAAAGGCAAGCGAAAGCAACUCACUACUCAAGAAUCUAAUGAUUCCCGCUUUGUGACAAAGUUGAGAUGGGCAGUUGAAUCGGUUCAUGGUAUGAUGAAACAAAAAAAUGCUCUUUUAGAUAAUGAUUUUGAUAAUAAAA